AUGGGCAUUUGCGCAUCCGCUCACGCGACGGAGAGCCGGCGAGGCGGGAGAUUAAUAAUGAGCACGCCGGCGGCGGCCAUGGUGGUGAAUAUGAACGACGGUGCGCUGCAGGAGUUCCGGCGGCCGGUGAAGGCCGCCGACGUUCUCUCCGACAACCCGGACUGCUUCCUUUCCAACUCCGAAGCGAUGAACGUCGACUCUGCAAUGCCGCAGGUUGCCGAAGACGAAGACUUGCAGCUCGGACAGCUUUACUUUCUCCUCCCGGUUUCUAUGUCGCACGCGCCGCUUUCACUUCAGGAUAUGUGUGCGCUGGCCAUCAAAGCUAGCGCCGCCCUCAAUGAUUACUACUCUCCGGCGGCCGGAGCGAUUCUCCGGCGACGUUCUUUCGAUGAGAGAGUUUCCGGUGGCUGUGGUAACAUUAACCGAGUGGACUUUUACUGUAACAAAAGAGUUGAGCUUUAA